UUAUCAUAACAAAAACCCUCAUCACCUAUAUAUCCCUGCACUAUUCCAAGCAUCAAUCCAUGGCUUCCUUUAGCCAAAGCCUUUAUGUUUUAGCUUUGUUCGCCAUCCUUGCUUUAUGGAACUCUUGGGUAACAAUGUCUCGCAAGCUUGUUGAGCUGGAGGCAUGGUCACCCGAGAGACACGAGCAAUGGAUGGUAAAACAUGGGAAGUAUUACAAAGAUGUUGCUGAAAAAGAAAAACGUUACCAAAUAUUCAAAGAAAACGUUGAGUUCAUUGAGUCAUUCAAUGCUAAUAAUAAGAACUUAACUUUCAAACUUGGUGUUAAUCAAUUUGCUGACCAAACAUUUGAAGAAUUUAAGGCUUCAUCACUUAAUGGUAAAAAGGGGUCACUUGGUUUAUUGGGGAUGGAAGAAAUAAAAACACCUUUUAGGUAUGAAAAUGUCACAGACAUUCCUGAAACUAUAGACUGGAGGAAAAGAGGUUCUGUUACUCCAAUCAAGGACCAGAAAGAUUGUGGUAGCUGUUGGGCUUUUGCAGCCGUGGCUGCAGUAGAAAGUAUCCACCAAAUUAGCACAGGAAAAUUAGAAUCCCUCUCAGAGCAAGAACUAGUAGAUUGUGUUAGAGGAAAAUCUGGUGGAUGUAGUGGCGGUUUCGUGGAAGAUGCCUUCAAAUUCAUAGCUAAAAAAGGAGGGAUUGCAAGUGAAGCAAAAUACCCUUACAAACAUGUUGAUAGGACUUGCAAUUCUAAGAAGAAGGAACCUGUAGCCUCUAUCAAGGGCUACGAAAAGGUUCCUAAAAACAAUGAAAAGGCGCUCCUCAAAGCCGUCGCGAACCAACCGGUCGGAGUUGACAUUGACGCCGGCCAAAAGGCUUUCCAGUUCUACUCCGGCGGGGUUUUCGCCGGAAAAUGUGGAACUAAGACCGACCAUGCUGUUGCCGUAGUUGGUUACGGUUCAACCGAAGAUGGUACUAAGUAUUGGAUAGUAAAAAAUUCAUGGGGUAAAAAUUGGGGCGAAAAUGGUUACAUGAGGAUGAAGAGAGACAUAAAAUCUAACAAGGGUUUAUGUGGUCUUGCUACGAAUCCUCUUUAUCCAGUUGCUUUUGCUUAAUUAAUUAAGUCUAGUUCAUGCAUGCAUGAUGUGAUAAUAAUAAUUAAUCUAAAUCUAUCGUUAUCAUCAUACUAUAAAUAAAAAUAAAGGGUUAAUUGUUAUUAUUAUAUGCAUAUGCAUGCUCUUAAUUUAAGCUUCUCGUGUGUUUGUAAGUA